GUCGAAUGUACUGGCCAAGGUUGCAUGAAGCUUCGAUCUUCCGAAGAAGCCGCUACAUACAUAUUCUAUAAGAUCCGAACUCAGAUUGUCACAGUAAGCUCUACGUGAACAUGGGCGUAGGGUCUCGUCAGCACUCUCACCUUCUUGGGAGGAUCUGCUCUGUUCAGAAAAGGGUCAUAGGCAGUGCACAACAUGUGUUUGAACACCAUCACAUCCUUGCUCUAUCCCAGUGUAUGCAAUGACAACACGAGGCGUACACGCCUCAACCCUGAAAGCGAGUGACCAACCUUCAGAUUUCUAAUAUGCUUCCACGGGAACCGUACAAAGGCUUGACGCGAAAGCUAGUGCUUGCAUUCGAUGUCGGUACCACAUUCAGUGGUGUCUCGUAUUGUAUCCUAGACCCGGGGGAAGUGCCCGUAAUCAGAGGGGUGGCAAGAUAUCCUGCGCAAGAGCAUGUUGGAGGCGACUCCAAAAUACCAUCAAUUAUCUACUAUGAUCUGCAGGGAGACGUCCGCGCCGUGGGUGCCGAGGCUUUACAAGAGCACAUAAUUGAACAGGCAGAAGAUGAGGGAUGGGUGAGGCUUGAAUGGUGGAAACUUCAUCUUCGCGCCAAGCGUCUGGCAUCGUCUCACAUACGGGAAGACGACAUACCACCUCUUCCACACGGCAAAUCCGCAGUACAGGUCCUCGCCGACUUCAUGCGCUACCUUUUCCAGUGCGCUCAGACUUACAUUCAAGAAUCACAUUUGAGUCUUUGGAGAUCGGUCGAGAACUCCAUUGAGUUCGUACUUACACACCCGAACGGUUGGGAAGGCGCGCAACAACAACAGAUUAGACGCGCCGUCGAGCUCGCUGGUCUCAUUCCAUCUGACCAGGAACAAUCUCACGUGCACCUCUUGACUGAAGGCGAAGCGAGUCUUCAUUUCUGUGUUACCAACGUGAUUGCAUCGGAUGCAUUCUCUAAAACCCCUAUAGCUGUGUCAGAUUACCCCGACGAAGAGGAAAACCAAUCUGACAGCCAAGGAGUCGUUGUUGUUGAUGCUGGAGGCGGAACCAUCGAUCUCAGCGCCUACUCCAUGAAGUUAUCCCCGACCUCGUUCGAGGAGAUUGCCCCAGCUGAAUGUUGCCUGCAAGGCUCAGUCUUUGUUACCCGUCGCGCUCAUACUCUGUUACGAAACAAACUUUCGGGCUCGAACUACUCCAGUCCUGAGAUGAUCGCACAAAUGACGAGUAUCUUCGACAAAAGCACGAAGCUUCGGUUCCGUAAGCCUGAUGAACCAUCUUACAUCAAAUUUGGCACCAUCCGUGACAAGGAUGCGAAGUACGACAUUCGAUCAGGGCAAUUGAAAUUGGUCGGCCGGGACAUCGCCGACUUAUUUGAACCAUCCAUCAAAGCCAUCAUCGAGGCUUUCGAGCAGCAGAUGCGUGCGGCUUCGACCCCAGUCAAUUUCGUUUUCUUGGUCGGCGGUUUCGCCGCCAGCGACUGGUUGUUUGCGAAACUCCAGGAGUACUUUCAACCUCUCGGUAUAAGCUUCUGUCGCCCAGAUGCCCAUGUCAAUAAGGCUGUUGCUGAUGGAGCAGUUUCGUUCUACAUUGACCACCUAGUGUCGUCUCGAGUUGCACGAGCCACUUAUGGCAUCGAAUGCAACUCUCCAUACAACUCUCAGGAUCCUGAGCACUCGGCCCGACAACACACAAGCUUCAUCGAUGCUUCCGGUAAACCGUGUAUCCCCAAUAGGUUUCAGAGUAUUUUGCUGAAGGGGACUCAAGUAUCUGAGCUGCGCGAAUUCCGGAAGUCCUUUUAUAUUGUCCUAAAAUCACUCGCUGCAUGCACGAGUCACAGCACGGACAUAAUGUGCUACAAUGGUGCCCUCCAGGAGCCGCAGUGGUUAGACGUUGAACGGUCCUCAUUCUCCACGCUGUGCACGAUUCAUGCCGACCUCCAGGAACUAGCCCAAACACUUCGUCCCCAAAAAUCGUUUCUAGAUCGUUCGAAGUAUUAUAAGAUUGAAUUCGACGUCAUCAUUCUAUUCGGUCACACAGAGCUGAAAGCACAGAUCAGUUGGAAGGAUAAGGUUCGCGUCUCGCUCUUGUUGAUCCAUUUCCUCGCUGAUCGAGAACGUUGUAAAGGGUGUUGAAAUGCGG